AUCUCUCACACACAUCGGAGAGAGGAGUAACACACAGCCGGAGCUCUCAUUCAAACACUCAUUCUUCUUCUUCUUCUUCUUCUUCUUCUUCUUCUUCUUUGGCUGCUGUUCACCUGAGAACACGCGUUUAACUCACCUGCAGUGUCAGCUGCGUGAUGCCGCAGUGAGGUCACCGGAGCCGCGGACAGUCAGCUGCUUUCACCGCCUCCCGGGAGCGGCGGAGAAAGUCUGUUUGUUUGGAUCAUUUUAAUCAGAGGAUUCGAGUGGGAUUCACACCUGGAUUGCUGCUGUUUGAGGACAUCAUGCCUCAGACUCCACCCUUCAGCGGGCAGCUGAACACCAGCAGCUACAACAAGAACCUGUUCCAGAGCAAAGACGAGGGCUUCCCUGGCCUCUAUUACCAUGACAACCACCUGGCGUCCGGCUCCCUGGAGGCCCUCAUUCACCACCUGGUCCCCACCGUGGACUACUAUCCAGAUAGGACGUACAUCUUCACCUUCCUGCUCAGCUCUCGUCUCUUCAUCCACCCGUAUGAGCUCAUGUCCAAAGUGUGUCAGCUGUGCAUGGAGCAGCAGAGACUCAGCGACCCCCAGGCUGACAAGCUGAGAGUCCGGAAGAUCACCCCGAAGAUCCUGCAGCUGCUGGCCGAGUGGACCGAGACGUUCCCCUACGACUUCAGAGACGAGAGGAUGAUGAGGAGUCUGAAGGAGCUGACGCACCGGCUCGCCACCGGAGACGAGGUGUACAGGAAGGCGGUGGGUCAGAUGAGUCAGGGUCUGAUCCGGAGGCUGACGGUGCUCAGUCAGUACGAGGAGGCGCUGGUGAAGAUCAACGCCACGGCGGCGGAGAGACUGUCGGCUCUGAAGGCGAAGCCUCAGGCGACCAUCCAGAGAGACAUGCUGUCCAUCUGCAACGACCCGUUCACCGUCGCCCAGCAGCUCACACACAUAGAAGUCGAGAGACGUCAGAGAAAAAUCGAGAUGUCGAUGUUGUGUCGUCUGAAAAAACAAUCCGAGAUCUUUCCAGAGAGACUGAGUUACAUCGGGCCUGAAGAAUUCGUCCAGGCCUUCGUCCAGAAAGACCCUCUGGACAACGAUAAG